GAGUUUGCUUCCUCAUUCCCACAUGCACUGUUCGGGCGGCAACCUUGGGAUGCCGGCGUGUCGGUCUGAUUCUUUGUCCUUUUAGUCUAUUUAAGGUAUUUAAAUUGACUCGGGCGGAGAAAACACAUAAACAAACCCCAAGGCUUCAGGACUAGAUCCCCUCUCCCCCGAACAACAAAUGGUUAAAUAAAUAACGACAUGUCAAACCAACCAUCACCGAACGAAUAAGCCAAAAACCAGCGUCAGCGCCGCAGGAAACGGGAAAGUUUCUGCGCUCUGAAGCUGGCCCCGGGGUACCGCGCGUAAAUGCAAGAAUCCAGGGGGAGCGGAGCGGAGCGCAGCCCCAGCCCGGCGUCUGCGGGAGCCGGGGCUGCACCGGUGCGCCCAGCCCUGCAUCCCGGAGCUACAGCCCGAGAGAUGCUGCUGUGACUUGGUUCUGCGCUGAGAAAUGAACGGCUUCGAGCCCCCACCCCCGUCUCCUCCCUCCCUCCUCCUCCUUCCCCCUCCCCCGGGUCCUGCGGGGAGGCGGGUUUAAGGUGGGUCGUGUGGCCGCGGUAACUUUCCUAACAGAGCCAAAGAGGCGCCCGGAGUCCCCCGCAGCAGCAUCGCCUUCCCGUCCUGGGCAGCGGCACCAGCGCGGCGCACCCGUGCGAGCAGCCCCGGUUCGGCCGUUGCAGCCCCGGCUGCCGCUCGUCGCCUCCCGCCGCCGCCUCUCGCAGCGUCGCGCUGCCGCCGCAGCCCCGCGGAUCCGACCCCCACGGCGGGGCUCCGGCCCCGGGUCCCGCCGAGGGCCAAGCAACUUCCGAAGAGCUUUCUUCUGCUAUCCUGGUAACGUGCUGUGUGUCUGCCUGUGCUGAUGGUCUGUAAAAACAGGAUCCAUUAGGAAUUUUCAGCACUUUGAGAUACAACGAUGGUGGCACAUAUGCUGUUCAGGUGGAUUCUAAAAGGACUUAUUCUGCCUUUUCUGCUCAAAACUACUCUGUCCCUAAACCCAGACGAUCCAAAUGUUUGUAGUCAUUGGGAAAGCUACGCUGUGACGGUUCAGGAAUCGUAUGCUCAUCCUUUUGAUCAGAUCUAUUACACAAGAUGUACUGACAUACUGAACUGGUUCAAGUGCACUAGGCAUAGAAUAAGUUAUAAAACAGCAUAUCGAAGAGGACUAAGAACUAUGUAUCGGCGAAGAUCUCAAUGCUGCCCUGGAUAUUAUGAAAGUGGAGACUACUGUAUACCGCUCUGCACUGAGGAGUGUGUGCAUGGAAGAUGUGUUUCUCCUGACACUUGUCAUUGUGAACCAGGAUGGGGAGGUACUGAUUGCUCUAGUGGAAGGGCCACCUCUGAAGGGCCGGGGGAGCACAGCACCGCACCAGCAGAGACUAGUGGGAACAGCAACUACAACAGUUGCGACAGCGAGCACUGGGGACCCCACUGCAGCAACCGCUGCCAGUGUCAGAACGAAGCCCUCUGCAACCCCAUCACGGGUGCCUGCGUCUGCGCAGACGGGUACCAAGGAUGGCGCUGUGAAGAGCUCUGUGACCCCGGGAGCUACGGCAAGGGCUGCCAGUUUAAAUGCCAAUGCCACAACGGAGCUACCUGCGACCACAAAACGGGCGAAUGUCACUGUGCUCCCGGAUACACGGGGGUAUUUUGUGAAGAGCGCUGUCCCCGAGGCAGUCAUGGAGCUCAGUGUGAAUUGCGCUGCCCGUGCCAGAACGGGGGAGUCUGCCACCACAUCACUGGAGAGUGCUCCUGUCCUCCUGGAUGGACGGGGCUGGUGUGUGCACAGCCAUGUCCUCCUGGGACAUUUGGAAUUAACUGCAGCCAGGACUGUCCAUGCCACAACGGAGGACACUGUGACCCCGUGACAGGAAAAUGCGUCUGUACAGCUGGCUAUAUAGGAGACAGGUGUCAGGAAGAGUGUCCCAUUGGGACAUACGGCUUUCAGUGCACACAGAGAUGUGACUGCCAAAAUGGUGCAAAGUGUUACCAUGUAAAUGGAGCCUGUAUGUGUGACCCUGGAUUUAAAGGGAUUCAUUGCCAAGAAAGAAUGUGUCCAGAAGGUUUCUAUGGCCUCAAAUGCAACAAGAGAUGUCCUUGCAACGUUACCAAUACUCUCAGUUGCCACCCAUUGUCUGGAGAAUGCAGCUGCAAAGCUGGCUGGGCUGGACUCUACUGCAAUGAAACCUGUCCCCCUGGGUACUACGGCGAAGGCUGCCAGCUCACCUGCCCUUGCCAGAACGGCGCAGAUUGUGACAGCAUCACAGGGAAGUGUAUGUGUGCACCGGGAUAUAUGGGAGAUGACUGCACCUUUACCUGCAUGGCAGGAACCUACGGCACCAAUUGCUCAUCAGUUUGUAAUUGCAAAAAUGAUGGUGCAUGUUCCCCCGUGGACGGUCUGUGCUAUUGCAAAGAAGGGUGGCAAGGAGUGGAUUGCUCUAUUCCAUGUUCAAGUGGAAGUUGGGGUCUUAACUGUAACCAGACAUGUUAUUGCACAAACGGGGCGGCCUGCAGGCCGGCUGAUGGCUUUUGUCUCUGCUCCCCUGGAUGGCAAGGGGACUACUGUGACCAGCCGUGUCCGGAUGGAACAUAUGGUCUUAAUUGCAGUGAACGUUGUGACUGUAGCCACGCAGAUGGGUGUGAUCCUGUCACCGGCUACUGCUGCUGUCUUGCAGGCUGGACAGGCAUCCACUGUGACAAUAUAUGCACUCAGGGCCGCUGGGGACCAAACUGCUCCAUCUCCUGCAACUGUGAGAAUGGGGGAUCCUGCUCCCCAGAGGAUGGCACCUGUGACUGUGCACCAGGAUACAGAGGACCCUUGUGCCAGAGAAUUUGUCCCCCUGGCUUUUAUGGACACCACUGCAGUCAGCCGUGCCCCCAGUGUGUGCACAGCAGCGGCCCUUGUCACCACGUGUCAGGACACUGCGACUGCUUGCCUGGAUUCUUUGGCGCUCUCUGCAACCAAGUCUGUCCUGGUGGAAAAUACGGGAAGAACUGUGCUGAGGUCUGUCAGUGCACCGAGAACGGGACCUGCAACCCUAUUGAUGGAUCGUGUCAGUGUUUUCCAGGCUGGAUAGGGACGGACUGCUCUCAGACUUGUCCCACUGGUUUUUGGGGCCCUGAUUGCUUUCAUUCAUGCAACUGCCACAACGGAGCGAUGUGCAGCCCUUACGAUGGAGAAUGUAGAUGUACUCAUGGUUGGACGGGGCUCUACUGCACUCAGCGUUGCCCAGCUGCUUUUUAUGGAAAAAACUGUGCCAAUGUUUGUCAGUGUCAGAACGGGGCGGACUGUGACCACAUCACUGGCCAGUGCACCUGCCGGACUGGGUUUACAGGCAAACAAUGUGAGCAAAAGUGCUCCCCAGGAACAUUUGGUUAUGGCUGCAAACAACUGUGCGAAUGCAUGAAUAAUGCUACAUGUGACCAUGUCACCGGUACUUGCUACUGCAGUCCGGGCUUCAAAGGAAUCCGAUGUGAUCAAGCGGCUCUUAUGAUGGAAGAAUUAAACCCCUAUACUAAAAUUAGCCCUGCUCUUGGAUCAGAGAGGCACUCAGUGGGAGCAAUCAUUGGAAUUAUUAUUCUCCUUCUAAUUAUUAUGGUCUUGCUGGCACUGUUUGUGUGGUAUCGACGGAAACAGAAGGAGAAGGGCCAUGACAUGCCAAGUGUAUCUUAUACUCCAGCCAUGAGGAUGACUAAUACAGAUUACUCACUUUCUGAUGUAUCUCAAGGUAGCGGCAGCGUACAUUGUUUUUCCAAUCCAAGCUACCACACUCUCUCAUGUGGUGUGACUUCACGCUUCUUUACCAGUAAUCUGGAUGGAAACAGCUCCAGUAAGCUCAGUAACAAAAUCCUUGACAGAGAAACUGCAGACUGGAGACCCUACAGCUAUCUGAAUGAACUAGGUGCUUGUGGGAUGGAUAGACGUCAGAACACAUACAUAAUGGAAAAAAGCUUCAAAGAUUAUAUGAAAGAAUCUGUGUGCAGCUCCAGCACUUGUUCUCUGAACAGCAGUGAAAACCCAUACGCCACCAUUAAAGACCCCCCCAUCUUAACAUGCAAACACUCGGAGAGCAGCUACGUGGAAAUGAAAUCUCCUGGUCACAGAGAUUCCCCAUAUUCAGAAAUGCCAACUUCAUCCACAGCCAAUAAAAACAUCUACGAAGUUGAGCCCACUGUCAGCGUGGUCCAAGACGCCCGCGGUCGGAGUGCCAGUUACCUCCAAAAUCCAUACGACCUGCCUAGGAACAGCCACAUUCCUAGUCACUACGACCUCCUCCCCGUAAGGCACAGCCCGACGCACGGGCCAUCUUGGGACAAGCAGUCUUAAAGGGAUGAACUUCACUGUGCUGCAAACACAAACUUUGAGGAAGCAAAAGAGAAGACAAUCCUUUUCUGCGCUGCAGGAUGCUGGCGGGACUUUCAGACUGUCUUACGCAAGGACCUGACGUAACACAUCAGCUUGGGCCAACUGCUGCUGCAUGAUGUUAUUUAUAAAGACAUUUUUAUAUGGGUAACAGGAACUAAGGAGAACCUCCACCACGCAUUACUGGAGUCCGUCACCCCAGGAAGGUGUCUGUAUGCUCCAGGCAAAAACUCACCGUGGCGUGUAUUCUAACCCUGGCUUUGCUGUAAAAUAAAACACAAAAACAUGCUAAGUAGAAGGACUUAGAGAUGUACAUUUCUACCAACUGCAUCAAGAAACCUUUUACUGUUAGGAACAAGGUGACUAGGAAUACACUGGACUAUCUUUUACAUCUUUGUCAUGGAAAUGGACAUUUUUGUGAACGAAAGCAGGGAAACUUGUCAUUUCACUGUCUGGAAACCUCAUUUACUGCCAUCACCAUUGCAACCUGUGCGGAUCAUGCUUGGUAAUUACCACCGAGAUGUUCAUCUUUAUAGUCAGUCCCAGAGUAUUUGAGUUGAGGAAUAUUAACACAGACACAUUCUGUGCAGUUUUUAAAAGGUACCAUCUUGGCAAAUGGCCACUGAUCUUUGCUUGAGUUUCAACAGAGCCUCACACUCAGCGUUACCACACUUUAACAAGCUAUAAAAUACUUCCAUUGGCACAGAUUGGCUUUCAUUUUCCUUAUACAGCUUCUAUUUUAUCAGAUAAAUCCACCAGCUUUGUCAGGCAGCGUAAACCAACGCACCUUCCUUUACUCCCCUGCGGCGCUGCAGGUUUGCGGAGACUGACCCUGGUUUGGUUGGUUUCCUUCCCGAAAGCUGAGACACAUCGGCUUCUCUAGAGCAUCUUUACAAACCAUCUCAUCAUGAUUCACUAAACAGCAUGCCACUUAUGACACCCUUUAAUUUGAUGUGCAUUACCAUGUAGUGCAGCUCUUUCCAUUCAUGAUUCUACCUGAAAUGUCAUUAAAUUGAGCUGAAACUGGGUUUUCCUUUUCAGCAGCUGUUUGCGAAGUCAUUAUCAAGGGGUUGUUGGCCCAUGCUAAAGUUUUGGACUAAGCCACCAUGAUUAUUUUUAUUUUGGUAAUCUUUAUUGACCUAGAAAGUAGAAUACUUGCCGUUAAGCAGUUCCUUGUAGAUUUUGAGCAUGAAAUAGUAUUGAUUCUAAGUAUGUAAUUUUAUUAGGCAAACGUGGAAGUAGCAAGUUGAUUGCCUCUUAAAUAUAAAAAAAAAAAAUAGUUCUGUUGCACAUUCGCCAGUCUGAUGGAAGUAGAAGAGACCAAAACCAGCACCAAUCAGUUUGCUCAAAGCAUGAUCACUCGCGUAACCCGCUGGUCUAGGGGAGUGGUAAGAGGAGCCUUCCAGCUCGGUGGCAGCGGCUUGAUCCCGGCGCCCAGUCAGACCAGGCGUCGGAUCACCCAGAGCGCCCUGCUGGCGCCCAGCCCGUGUCCCCGCAGACGUGCUCAGCGAUCGCCUCGGGGAUGGAAGCCCCUGGCACAGUGGUACCGAGCCGCUGGCAGCCCGCCGGCACCUCGGGCUCGCUGCUGCAACACGCUCGCACCAGGGUGUGGGGAGCGCCGGCGAUGCGCUGCUGGAGGAGCCAGGACCCUGCCGGGGGGUCGGGUCGGUUCUGAACCCCUCUGUGCGAACCAAGCGUUUUGCGGCGAGACAGCUGAGCCCAGAGACCCCCCGGCCUCCAGAGCAGCGGAGUCUCAUGGUGCAGGAUGAUGCCGUAGUAGCUACGUGAAUGCUGCAUGUGUGCAUGGGGGCAAUGACUGAUCAGCAAUAGCAAUUUUAUUUUCCAGGAAAGCCUUAUUUGAGAUGCAAGUAGGCAAUUAUUUUGUAGGGCCAGUAGGAAUAUAUUUUACGUAUAUGAAUAGAAAGACUUACCUCAAGAAUAUGAAGAGAAAGGCAGCUGGAUAAGGAAUACUCUUCUUAGAGACCUACCUUGACAUCUAGCACAAGCUCGGCUGCCGGCCUGACCAACGGUUGUGUGUGUGUUGCUGUAAAGUUUGCGAUGAGACUCCAGAGAGCGGAGACGUGCUCAGUUGUUUGUUUUGUUUUUUUCAAAGCUGGAUUUUCAAACCAAAUGCAAGGAUGUGCAUAGAGCUUAACAGGAAAAAAAGAAACACAAAAAGAAAACCAACAAAAAAAGUACCUUCUUGUAUAUUAGCAUUAUCUUAGGAAAUAGGCACCAAAAUGGCAAUACUUUUUUAAGGCAAGACAGAUUUGUAAUAUAUUUGUUCACUGUGCAAAGGUAUUCUACCUUGUACAAAAUAAAUUGAAUUUCUCUCAGUGUGUACUUCUCAAACGUACUCAUUUGCAGACUAAAAGUUCCAGCCCGUGUUCAGGUCCCUGUUCUCCAGGCGAUGGGUCUGGUCGCGAAGGGGCUGUCCCCAGCAAGGAAAAAACCUGCCAGGCAUCAGGCUCACAAGCCAGAAGUUGCAGAGUUUCUCAGAAAACACGAAUCUGUACCUCAGACUGUAAUUGGGAGUUCAUUUCGAGCAAGGCCCAGCUUUAAAACAAAAUAUAACUGGCUCUGCACGGAUCUUUCUCACAACUCCUCCGGUAGCUCUCGGCCCCCAGCAGUUGAACCUGAGCGGGUCUGAGCGAGAGACCCCGGCCACGCACAAAGGCAGCCGGACACGCUCCCGCACACCGACAAAGAGCAGCCUGGGGCGAGUGCCGACAGCAGGGCUCGCUCCCCUUUCCAUGCGAUGCAUUUCAGCGCAUUUCAGCAUCGUGUCAGCGCUCCGUGCCACUCGCAGGCGGCUGUGCCUUGGGGCGGGCGCUGGAGGAGCUGGCCUGCACCUGGCAGCGAUGAGGCAGGACACGCGGCAGCCACCUCGGCAGGUUCGACAGCGCUCCCAGGCAGCCUAACCAAUAAAGCAGGAGCACAGCUUUGCGGCAGGAACACCUUCAGAAUUAAUGACCCCCAGGCAAGGCAGCGGACUGCUACAUGUUGAAGGUUUUUUUCAAUAUUUGUGCUUCGUAUUUCCAAAAAUCUUGUUAACUAAAGCCCAGCAUGUAAUCUUCUUAUUUGACAAGCCACACU